UUAUGUAUGUCAUUCUUCCUUCAAAUUCUAGCACCAUGCCCUCAUAAUCCAUCUUAAUUCAAAAUUCCUAGUAGUAUUUUUUCGAUGUUCUCUCACUCCUCUUCAUCCAUUUCCAAUGACGCUGUUAGAUCCAACGAGUCCCUUCUAAGUCGAUGUCCUCUACGCAGUGUGCAAGGACUUCCUGACAUUUUCUUCACUACGAAUGCGAUGACGCGUUCUUUACGAUACCAGAAGCAACAAAGUAGUGAACAAAUGUGUAUGGAGAUUGAUGCGGUGGACCAUAUUUGUAGGAUUUGUCACGGUGGCAAUAGUUCGGGGGAUUUACUGACGCCAUGUUGCUGUAAAGGCAGUGUGGCUUUAGCCCAUUUGAAUUGUCUAGAAAUCUGGUUGAAUGAAUCCAACAGAAACGAAUGCGAGUUGUGUCAGUACCACUUCAGGGUAAUCAGGGAACCAAAGUAUAGUAUCCUCUGGUCCAUUUACAUGUUUUUGAGACACCCCGGAGAACAUUUGCGCGAGCUAUUGGUGGAUGUAAUCACUUUAAUUGUCUACACGCCUUCAACAGUGACUUCAUCAUAUAUGUUGAUGCUGUUGUGCGAAUCCAUGGCUAAAACAAACCCUACUUUUCGCAAAAGCUUUCUUUCUCAUAUAAUGGCUUUCACGGCGAUUUUUGGUAUUGCAGCUAUCAAUUUCAUCUAUACGUCAUGGUUAGUUCUAACUGUGGAAAAGUACGUCGAUUACUGGAGGGACUGGUACAAGAAACAUUGCACCUUGAAAGUAAUCCUCUCGGCCAACAAGCUCAACCAAAAUCCGGUUCAUUCAAAUGUAUCCGCCAUCUCCUAGGGACUUUCACUUUUCAAAUGACAAUAAUGACAGUUAUUUGACUUACAUGUCAACAAUGUGCAUCCACAUUUUUUAAAUAAAAAUAAACAAAUUAGA